AUGUUAGAGCCUACUGAGAAGAAAGGUUUUAUCGGGAAAAAGAAGGAGUCUGAGGUGAACAAUAUGGAAGGAGGGUACAAGGGUAAGAAGAAAAAUUACCAUCACUAUAACUUCCAAAGACCUACCCAACAAGUUACAAGUGUAAGCUUCACUAAACCUUUCCAUACCAACCAGCAAAACCAACCAAAUGACCAACAAAGUAACCAGAUUGGUAAUCCUACAAGAAGGAAUUUUCAAAGAACCCAAGAACGAUUGCCACCAUUACCACUUCCCUUGGGAGAAAUGUAUUCGAAGUUGUUGAGUAUUGGGCAAGUGGCCCCUGUUCCUUUAACCCCACUACAACCUCCAUACCCAAAUUGGUAUAAGCCUGAUAUGACAUGUGAAUAUCAUGUUGGCAUUGCUGGGCAUAACAUUGAAAGCUGUAAUGCAUUCAAAAACAAGCUCCUUCAAUUGAUAAAAGCUGGAUGGAUAACUUUUGAUGAUGCACCGAAUGUGAAUUCCAACCCUUUACCCAAUCAUGCUACAAGCAGUGGAGGGGUGAAUGCUAUCGGAGUAGAGGGUAAGAAGGAAAGAACUUUGAAGGUUUCCAUGGAAAAACUGUACGGUAUGAUGGUACAGUCUGGAUAUUUAUCCGAGUUUGAACCAGUAAUGAAUGAAAAUAAUUACUGUAAGUUUCAUGCCAAGGUGGGACAUCACAUUGAUGAUUGCGAAGAAUUUCACCAAAGAGUGAAAAGGAUGUUGAUUUUCGGCAUGAUACGGAUAGAAAGUGAAGAAGAAAGCAGUGAAGUGGGAAUGAUAGGCAGCCAGGAGAAAAAAAGAGAGGUUUGUAGACUCCAACCAACUGUGGGUGGUCCGCCAAAACUAAUCCUAAUCAAGCCUGUAUGUACCAAUAAUGGAAGUUAUGGCACAAUGCCUUACAAUUAUGGGUAUGCUUUCAACGUUAAAAAUCCUACUCCUGUCUUCCAUACAGAAAUCGGCGGUUUAACUCGAAGUGGUCGUUGUUUUACACCAGAAGAAUUAGAGAGGCAGAGGAAAGCUAAAGGAAAAGAAACAGUUGAGGCUUUUAAAGAUAUGGAAGUGAACAAACCCAUAAGUGAAGAGGAGUCUAAUGAAUUUCUAAAGUUGAUGAAGCAUAGUGAGUAUAGUAUAGUAGAUCAGUUGAAGAAAACUCCUGCUAGAAUCUCUUUAAUGUCACUUAUCUUGAGUUCUGAGUUACACCGUAAAGCGUUGCAAAAGGUGUUGAAUGAAGCAUAUGUGCCACAGGAUAUUACUCAGGAUACAAUGGAGCAUUUGGUGGGAAGAAUUCAAGCCUCCAAUUACUUAUAUUUCACUGAAGAUGAGCUAGACCCGGAAGGGACUGGGCAUAACAAGCCCUUGUAUAUCACUGUGAAAUAUAAGGACUGUCUGAUCGGCAAAGUGCUUGUGGAUAAUGGUUCAGCUUUGAAUGUGUUACCAAGGUAUAUGCUGGAUGAGAUGCCAAUUGAUGCUACUCAUAUGAGGCCAAGUACUAUGACGGCUAGAGCAUAUGAUGGUUCCCCUAGACAGGUGGUAGGGACCAUUGAUAUUGAAUUGUUUAUAGGGCCUCAAAUGUUUUUGAUAACCCUACAAGUGAUGGAUAUCCAUCCUUCCUAUAGCAUGUUAUUAGGAAGGCCAUGGAUACAUGCCUCUGGGGCUGUGACAUCAUCUCUACACCAAUGCCUGAAGUACAUCAUCAAUGGUACUUUAGUGAAAGUUAAGGCAGAAGAAACCUUGUCCAUGAUAAGGAAUGUGGCGGUCCCUUAUAUUGAAGCAGAAGAUUGCAAAGAUGGAGAUCUCCAUGCCUUCGAGAUUGUGAACACCGAAUGGGUACCGGAGAAUACUGUGUUAAGAAGACCAGCUAUUUCUAGUACUGCUAGAAUGAUAGCUAAAUGCUUUUUAAAACAUGGGCUGCCAUUCCAGAAUGAUCUAAUUGCUGGAAAUCAUAAAAGAGUCAACAUAAUGAAAAUUAAGGCCGUUGAUCAGAGGUUUGGGCUUGGCUUCAAGCCUAAGAAAGAUGAUCAUAAGAGAGCUGCUAGGAUAAAGCGAGAGAGAAGGUUGGCCAGAAUAGAAGGAAGAAAGCCAGAAGAAGAAGACAUUGCAAUCCCACCUAUCCAUGUUUCUUUUCCAAAGUCAGCAUAUGUUAUGAAACCUGAAAACAUGAUGGAAGUCUUGGGACAGAAACUUGCUGUCAUGGAUAUCAACAAUGUAGAAGAAGGUGAAGAGAAAGGCUGGAACUAUGAUGAUGAGCCAAUAAUAAUAAAAGAAGAUGAAUUGUUACCACAGUUAACUGUCCAUGCUCUAGAAGAAGCUCCAACCAACGCUUUUGUGCGAAAGCUUUCAGUUGAAAAAAUUGCAAUGGAUGAAGAGGAAUGGGAUGAAGAGUUUGCUAAACGGGUAGAACAGUCAGAGCAUGCUUGGAAACCUGCGAAGGAAGAACUAGAGGUGAUAAAUGUAGGCACCGAGCAAGAUAAAAGAGAGUUAAAGAUUGGAACUCUGAUCACUACAGAAGAAAGAUGCAGUUUAACCUCAUUACUACAAGAGUAUAUCGAUGUGUUUGCCUGGUCUUAUACAGAUAUGCCUGGUUUAGACAUUGAUAUUGUAGUACACAGAUUACCUUUGAUAGAAGGAUGUAAACCUGUUAAGCAGAAAUUAAGAAGAACUCGCCCAGAUAUUGUGCUCAAAGUCAAGGCAGAGAUAGAGAAGCAGUGGGAUGCCGGUUUUCUAAAAGUUAUUAAAUACCCUCAAUGGGUAUCUAAUAUAGUGGUGGUACCAAAAAAAGAUAACAAAAUCAGAGUAUGUGUAGAUUUCAGGGAUCUAAACAAAGCCAGUCCGAAGGAUGAUUUUCCUUUGCCUCAUAUAAAUGUCUUGGUAGACAAUGCUGCUAGGAGUUCAACUUACUCCUUUAUGGAUGGAUUUUCCGGUUAUAACCAGAUUAAAAUGGCUGAAGAGGAUAAAGAGAAGACCACUUUUAUCACACCAUGGGGAACAUUCUGCUACAAAGUGAUGCCAUUUGGGUUAAAGAAUGCUGGAGCCACGUAUCAAAGGGCAAUGGUGACACUUUUCCAUGAUAUGAUGCAUAAAGAGAUUGAAGUGUAUGUGGAUGAUAUGAUUGCCAAGUCUAAGAAUGAAGAAGAUCAUGUUCAGGUUCUAAGAAAAUUGUUUGAAAGACUAAGAAAGUAUCAGUUGAAGCUGAAUCCUUCAAAAUGCUCGUUUGGGGUAAAGUCUGGAAAGUUGCUAGGAUUUGUGAUAAGCAAUAAAGGAAUAGAGGUCGAUCCUGAUAAAGUGAAAGCAAUUCAGGCUAUGACAGUUCCUAAGACUGAGAAAGAAGUAAGAGGUUUCUUAGGACGUUUGAAUUACAUUGCUCGAUUCAUAUCUCAGUUAACAACAACAUGUGAGCCAAUUUUUCGAUUACUUCGGAAAAAGAACCCUGGUAUAUGGGACAAAGAUUGUCAAGAGGCUUUUGAUAAAAUAAAGCAAUACUUACAGAAUCCACCUUUACUCGUGCCCCCUGUGCCUGGAAGACCUUUGAUCUUGUAUUUGACAGUAACUGAGGUAGCAAUGGGCUGUGUGUUGGGACAACAUGAUGAGUCUGGAAGAAAGGAGCAAGCUAUCUAUUAUCUGAGUAAGAAGUUUACAGAUUGUGAAUCCAGAUAUACUGUGACUGAGAAGCUAUGUUGUGCUCUUGUAUGGAGUACGAAGCGUCUUCGACAAUAUAUGUUGUAUUAUACCACCUGGUUGAUCUCAAAAAUGGAUCCUCUUAAAUACAUCUUUGAGAAACCAUACUUGUCAAGCCGAAUAGCAAGAUGGCAAGUGAUGUUGGCUGAGUAUGACAUUGUAUACAAGACAAGAAAAUCUGUAAAAGGAAGUGUAAUUGCUGAUCAUCUAGCAGAUAAUGCUAUCAAUGACUAUGAGCCUUUGAAAUUUGACUUCCCGGAUGAGGAUGUGUUGAUAGUAGAAGAGGACAAAGAAAAGAAUGAUUGGUGGAUCAUGUAUUUUGAUGGGGCAGUGAAUGUUUCUGGUAAUGGAGCAGGCGCUGUGAUAAUCUCACCUGACAAGAAGCAAUAUCCCGUCUCAGUCAAACUACAAUUUGAAUGCACUAACAAUACUGCUGAAUAUGAGGCUUGUAUCCUUGGAUUAGAAGCUGCUUUGGAGAUGAAAAUAAAGAAGCUUGAUGUCUAUGGGGAUUCAAUGUUAAUAAUCUGUCAAGUGAAAGGCGAAUGGCAGACCAAGGAGGAAAAAUUGAUACCAUAUCAACAAUAUCUCUCGAAACUGACUGAGGGCUUUGAUGAGAUAGAUUUUUCCCACAUGGGAAGAGACAAAAACCAGUUUGCUGAUGCUUUGGCAACUUUAGCUUCUAUGGCCAAAACUGAUUACGGAGUAAGAGUACAACCAAUCUGCAUUGAGAUUAGAAAUUUUCCAGCUCAUUGUUGUUCAGUUGAAGGAGAAAUAGAUGGGAACCCAUGGUUUUAUGACAUCAAGCAGUUUAUCCAAUAUCAAGAGUAUCCCUUGGGGGCAUCCAAAGCAGAUAUGAAGACCUUGAGAAGGUUAGCUCUGGAAUUUUACCUGGAUGGAGAAAUUCUAUACAAAAGGUCAUUCAAUGGGACUUUACUGAGAUGUCUAGAUGAAAUCGAAGCUAAGGUAGCAUUGCAAGAAAUUCAUGAAGGAAUUUGUGCAACUCAUGCAAGUGGGCAUAUGAUGGCUAGACAAUUACAACGAUCGGGGUAUUUCUGGAUGACCAUGGAGAAAGAUUGCAUCGAUUAUGUCAGGAAAUGUCAUAAAUGUCAAGUGUAUAGUGAUAAGAUAAAUGCACCUCCAGCUCCUCUAUUUAAUAUGACAUCACCAUGGCCAUUUGCAAUGUGGGGAAUAGAUGUGAUUGGGCCAAUCAACCCAAAAGCCAGCAAUAAGCAUCAAUUUAUCUUAGUAGCCAUUGAUUACUUCACAAAGUGGGUGGAGGCCAGCUCUUAUGCCCAUGUAACUCAAAAUGUGGUCAAGAGUUUUAUUGAGAAAGAUUUGAUCUGUCGAUAUGGUUCACCUGAGAAGAUAGUGACCGAUAAUGCCCAGAAUUUUAAUGGAAAAAUGAUCACAGAAUUAUGCGUGAAGUGGAAGAUUAAACAUUCAAACUCAUCUCCCUACAGACCAAAGAUGAAUGGUGCUGUCGAAGCUGCAAACAAGAAUAUCAAGAAGAUUAUCCAGAAGAUGGUAGUUAAUUACAAGGAUUGGCAUGAGAUGCUUCCCUUUGCUCUACAUGCAUAUCGCACAACAGUAAGAACAUCUACUGGAGCUACACCUUAUUCACUAGUAUUUGGGAUGGAGGCGGUGAUGCCUUUGGAAGUAGAAAUUCCAUCUUUGAGAGUACUAAUAGAAUCUGAACUAGAAGAAGUUGAAUGGGCUAAAGUGAGAUAUGAGCAGCUAAACAUGAUAAGUGAGAAGAGGUUGGCUGCAAUUUGUCAUCACCAGCUAUACCAAAGAAGGAUGGCCAAAGCAUAUGACCGGAAAGUCCGACCAAGAGAAUUCAAAGAGGGGGAUCUUGUACUCAAAAAAAUCUUACCACUACCAAGUGAAGACCGAAGCAAGUGGGCACCAAACUAUGAAGGCCCAUAUGUAGUGAAGAAAGCUUUCUCCGAAGGGGCUAUGUUGUUAACUAGGAUGGAUGGAGAUGAUUUACCUAGGCCCGUGAACUCUGAUUCUGUGAAAAAG